UCCCUUAUGAGUAGGCAAAACUUGUUUCUUAGCGUUCUAUUUUGAUUAUAUCAGGAGGGCGGCCCUGCUGAUUGUCCAAUAAAAAUGGACCGAAGUUGACAUCUGGUUAUAAGCGAGACGGUUUCAAAAGUGAUGAUCAUAAAAGUUUGAGAAAACGGCAUAAAAGUCUGUAAAAGACCGUGCAGCUCAGGCAUAAUGACGUCUAGUAAAGUACAGCUCAUCGGUGAGGUGAGGACCGAUGCCGCUGAACUCAUGGCAUCUCUCCAUUUGAUGCCCUCGCCACUGGAGAACCCUGAGAUAAAAUACACUAAGAUUUUCAUAAACAAUGAGUGGCAGGACUCAGUGCGUGGAAAGGCCUUUCCUGUUUACAACCCUUCCAAUGGGGAAAAGAUUUGCGAAGUGCAGGAAGGGGAGAAGGCCGAUGUAGACAAGGCAGUCCAGGCAGCCCGCCUGGCCUUCUCUCUGGGCUCCGUGUGGCGAAGGAUGGAUGCCUCCGAGCGUGGGCGGCUGCUGUCCAAGAUGGCCGACCUGGUGGAGAGGGAUGGUGCCUACCUAGCAACACUGGAGGCCCUGGACAGUGGAAAGCCCUUUCUCUCCGCCUUCUAUGUGGAUCUGCAGGGAACCAUAAAGACCUUCAGAUAUUUUGCUGGGUGGGCUGAUAAGAUCCAUGGCUUGACUAUUCCGAUGGAUGGAGAUUACUUUUCGUUCACCAGGCACGAGCCCAUUGGUGUGUGUGGACAGAUCAUACCCUGGAACUUUCCCCUGUUGAUGGCUGCCUGGAAGCUGGCCCCUGCGCUGUGCUGUGGGAACACCGUGGUCAUAAAGCCAUCUGAGCUGGCUCCUCUCAGCUGCCUCUAUGUGGGGGCCCUCAUCAAAGAGGCUGGGUUUCCUCCGGGAGUCGUCAAUAUUGUGCCGGGAUUCGGGCCAGCGGCAGGAGCUUCCCUCGCCGAGCACAUGGGCGUGGAUAAAGUAGCUUUCACAGGAUCGACUGAGGUGGGAAAACUGAUCCAAGAAGCAGCAGGGAGAAGCAACCUAAAGAGAGUGACUCUGGAGCUGGGUGGGAAGAAUCCCAACAUCAUUUUUGCGGACGCAGACUUGGAUGUGGCGGUGGAGCAGGCCCACCAGGGCGUCUUCUUCAACAACGGACAGUGCUGCACCUCUGGCUCCCGCGUCUACGUGGAGGAGCCCAUCUACGAGGAGUUUGUGCGGAGGAGUGUGGAGAGGGCCAAGAGGAGGGUAGUGGGGAGCCCCUUUGACCCCACCACUGAGCAGGGCCCACAGAUCAGUCAGGAGCAGCAGAGCCGCAUUCUGGACUACAUCCACAGUGGAAUCAGCGAGGGGGCCAGGCUGGAGUGUGGGGGUAAAGCGCUGGGGCUCAAGGGCUUUUUCAUCGAGCCCACCGUCUUCUCACACGUCUCUGAUGACAUGCGCAUCACCAAGGAAGAGAUCUUCGGCCCUGUUCAGCAGAUCAUGAAGUUCAAAACCAUAGAGGAAGUCAUUGAAAGAGCAAACAACUCCGACUACGGCCUGACAGCAGGCGUGUUCACCAGUGACAUCAACAAAGCCAUGACAGUAUCCAUAGCCAUGCAGGCUGGUACGGUCUGGAUAAACUGUUUCAACGCUCUGGGGUCCCAGUGUCCGUUCGGAGGAUUCAAGAUGUCGGGAAAUGGGCGAGAAAUGGGUGAAUAUGGCUUAAGAGAGUACUCGGAGGUGAAAACCAUCACGAUGAAGGUGCUGGAGAAGAACUCGUAGGGGCCAUGCUGCUGGGCAGUCUUCUCUGCAUCGCUGCUGCUGCAUCUCACUCUUGGCACAGCAUCGCCCCCUGUUGGUAACCUGCUAUAAUGCUUGCAGAGAGAAAAUUGAUGUGGACGGAGGUUAUUUAAAUGUAUAUUAAGAGAUUUUGUUCAUGUUGCUCAUUAUGCUUUUGCCGCAGAUCAGGCUGUAUGAAAGAAAGCUGGAAAAUUGCACUCAAUCCAAAUCUGGCAAACACAUCUUUGCAAAUCAAACCUUCAAUCAGGACAUCCAAUCAAAGAAGUCCCAGUGUUGACCUGAGUGACUUCUCUGAAGUGCCUAAACUGAGUCCCUGCAAGCCGUGAGUUUUAACCAAAAUCUUUGGGCGUAAUAAAAAUGGAAACCUCGUCAGGUUGAGUUUCUUCAUUUUCGGCUCAAUGACUAUCUGGCUGAGAGUAUCUACCUUGUAUUAUCGUUUAAUUACUAACUGUAUAUGGAGAAAAAAUACUACAUCUGGUAGCUUUCUUACUGAUUUGAAUCAAUUGGACUACAUGUGAUUUAACAAUUUUUUCUAAAUUGUUCAUUUAACACUGUAUAUUUCUGUAUUGCUGUCACUUCAGAUGAAUGUUUAGACUGAUGAUAUCCAUGCAUGGAUCAUUCUGUGUUACCUGUGAUGUGUGGACAAAAUGUUGGGAAAUAGAUUCCUGCUAGCCAGCUGAAGAACAUUUUUACAAGCAAACAAAGCCUCUUCUGAUCUCCUUUUGCCAUUUUAAAGGUGUUCAUUGUUUGAGGUGCACAGCACAUAUUGCUAGUUAGCUAAACAUUAUCUUAACAUAGAUGUUAUGAUCUAUGGGCUCGCAAUACUUUCAUGCUGUUACCAAUUUAGGCAUGGCAACUCUCCAUCAGAGAUGAAGCCUUGUUGUAAGUUCUCAUGUACAUCCCCAGUGAGCAAGAGCCAGAAUUUAGACAUCUAGAGGGGUAGAAAUCUAGGUUUAGACCCAUAUUGACAUAAAUGGACUAGGUUAACCCCAGUUUUGCUCAGGAUAUAGUCUGGGUAUUUUAUAGUUGCUUAGAAAACAUUCAUUUUUCAACCAAAUGUAGCCGGGUUUUCACCUGAAUGUUCACUGGGUGUCCUCUAACAGGGGCAUACUGUAAAUCUGAUACAUGGGACUUUCCUCUCUAAUCAUGUUCCAAUUUAACCCUCACAUUUUAUUUUAUUUUUUAUAAUUACAUUUCCUUUAUACAUUAUAAAAUACAUUAUUCCAUCUUACUCACUGACAUGCAUGACUGUUGCACUGCAUGCAGAUUUGCAGGAAAGGCUGUGCUUAAUAAAUUAAAAGGCACAUAUUCAACUUUGAAAAAAUGUUUUAAAAUAUAAAUAUAACUCUGCACAAAGUAACUUAUUAUGCUUAUGACACAUCAUCUUGUAUUUACCAUUUUGGCACAAUGUAACUUUUUGAAGGUUUGUUGUUUGUGUUUUGAUCUUUGACCAUAUGACACUGUUUAUCAUCCUUUUGUGAUAAUUUGGACAUUUCUGACAUAUGUAUAACAGUAAAAGGAUGACAGGUGUUUUACUAAAGAAAAAAGGUGGGGCUCACCAGUAAAAGGGGCUCACUGUGAAUUGUACACAGACCUAAAUAAUUCAAGAUUGAUAUUCCGUAAUUGGGACUGUAUUUACAUUAAAAGUAUUUUUAACAAAUCA